AUGAAUGAUGUCGUGAGUUUGAUUCCUGUCUACAAUAAAACUGAUGUGCAUUUACCAACCUUCAUUCUCAUUGGCAUUCCUGGGUUGGAGGCUGCCCACACCUGGAUCUCCAUCCCCUUUUGUGUGGUCUACCUUUUAGACCUACUGGGAAACUGUUCACUUCUCUUUACCAUCAAGACAGACGCCAGCCUCCAGGAGCCAAUGUACCUCUUCCUCUGCAUGCUGGCUGUGGCUGACCUUGUUGUGUGCACUACAGCUGUCCCCAAACUUCUCAGCCUUUUCUGGUUUCAUGAUGGAGAGAUUCGCUUGGAAGCCUGCCUCACUCAAGUGUUCCUCAUUCACUCUUGCUCCACCAUGGAGUCUGGCUUCUUCUUGGCUAUGGCUUUUGACCAUUAUGUAGCCAUUUGUAAUCCAUUAAGACACUCAACCAUUCUGACACACCCUGUAGUUGGAGGAAUGGGCCUUGCUAUUGUGCUCCGGGGCACAGCGCUCCUCAGUCCUCAUCCUUUCCUGCUGCGCUGGCUGCCCUACUGCAGAACCAACAUAAUUUCCCACACCUACUGCGAGUUCAUGGCCCUCAUCAAGCUUGCCUGUGCUGAUACGAGAAUCCGCAGAGCCUACAGCCUCAUUGUUGCCUUUCUCACUGGGGGGGUGGACUUCAUACUGAUCCUGUGUUCUUUUGUUCUCAUACUACACACGGUCUUCCGCCUCCCUUCCAAGGAUGCCAGACUCAAGACCUUGGGCACCUGUGUCUCCCAUGUCUGUGUCAUCUUAGUGUCCUACACUCCAGCCUUCUUCUCUUUUCUCACGCACAGGUUUGGACAGCGAGUGGCUCCCCACACCCACAUAUUUGUGGCCAAUAUCUACCUUCUUGUCCCACCCAUGGUGAACCCCAUUAUUUAUGGAGUGAGGACCAAGAGAAUAAGAGACAGGUUUCUUAAAUUUUUCUCUUUUUCAAAGCCCUAA